AUGGGCAACGAGGCCAGCCUGGAGGGCGGCGCUGGCGACGGGCCGUUGCCUCCCGGAGGCUCCGGCCCCGGCCCGGGCCCCGGCGCAGGGAAGCCGCCUUCAGCACCGGCCGGCGGCGGACAGCUCCCCGCGGCGGGAGCAGCGAGGGCUGUGGGGGUACCACCUGUCCCUGGCCCCGGCCCCGGCCCCGGCCCUGGCCCGGGCAGCGGGAGCAUUUCCCGGAGACUGGACACGAAGGAGCCCUCCGGUAGCCAGAGAGCAGCUUCCCCAACCCCGAACCAGGCUUCUGCUACUGCUCCUGGCCGUGAGAGCCCCCGGGAGAUGAGGGCACAGGGCCCAUCAGGCCAGGAGGCUGAUGGUCCCCGCAGGACGCUGCAGGUAGACAGCAGGACACAGAGAUCAGGGAGGUCCCCCUCGGUGUCACCGGACAGAAGUAGCACUCCCACAUCACCCUACUCUGUCCCUCAGAUCGCCCCCCUUCCCAGCAGUACCCUGUGUCCCAUAUGCAAGACCUCGGACCUCACAUCGACUCCCAGCCAGCCAAACUUCAACACCUGCACCCAGUGUCACAACAAAGUCUGCAACCAGUGUGGGUUCAACCCCAACCCUCAUCUCACCCAGGUGAAGGAGUGGCUCUGUCUGAACUGUCAGAUGCAGAGGGCUCUGGGAAUGGACAUGACCACUGCGCCUCGCUCCAAGAGCCAGCAGCAGCUGCACUCCCCAGCCCUGUCUCCUGCCCACUCCCCAGCCAAACAGCCUCUGGGGAAGCCAGAGCAAGACAGAUCUCAGGGUCCAGUGGGACCACAGCCUGGCCCCCGCCAGGCUGAGACAGCCAGGGCCACCUCAGUGCCAGGGCCUGCCCAAGCAGCUGCCCCUCCGGAGGUGGGGAGGGUGUCUCCUCAGCCCCCUCUCCCCUCCAAGCCUUCCACAGCUGAGCCCAGGCCACCUGCAGGAGAGGCCCUGGCCAAAAGUGCCACUGCAGUGCCCUCUGGGGUUGGUGCUGCCGAGCAGACCCAGGAGGGCCUCACUGGUAAGCUCUUCGGCCUCGGCGCAUCACUGCUGACACAGGCGAGCACGCUCAUGUCUGUGCAGCCCGAGGCUGAACCUCAAGGCCAGCCUGCCCCCAGCAAGGGGCCACCCAAGAUCGUCUUCAGUGAUGCCAGCAAAGAGGCUGGCCCAAGACCCCCAGGCUCAGGGCCCAGGCCUGGGCCAGCACCUGGAGCCAAAACUGAGCCUGGGGCUAGAACAGGUCUUGGAUCAGGGCCUGGAGCCCUGCCGAAAACUGGGGGGACAAUCAGUCCUAAACAUGGCAGAGCAGAACAUCAGGCAGCAUCCAAGGCUACUGCCAAGCCAAAGACCAUGCCGAAGGAAAGGGCUACCUGCCCACUGUGCCAAGCUGAGCUCAACGUGGGCAGCAAGGGCCCAGCCAACUAUAACACCUGCACCACCUGCAAGCUCCAGGUGUGCAACCUGUGUGGCUUCAACCCAACACCCCACCUGGUGGAGAAAACAGAGUGGCUCUGUCUGAACUGCCAAACUAAGCGGCUGCUGGAGGGCGGUCUGGGAGAGCCGACCCCCAUGCCUCUGCCCACCUCACAGCAGUCCCCUGCAGGGGCCCCUCACCGUGCAGCUGGAACAGCCCCUCUGAAGCAGAAAGACCCACAGGGGAUGGGCCAGCCAUCAGGCCCCUUACCUGCCAAGGCCAGCCCCCUACCCACCAAGGCCAGCCCUCUGCCUACCAAGGGCAGCCCCCAGGCCAAGCCCCUCAAGGCCUCUGAACCCAGCAAGACCCCAAGCAGUGCCCAGGAAAAGAAGACAGGAGUCCCUGCUAAAGCUGAGCCCAUGCCGAAGCCACCUCCAGAGGCUACCCCACCCCCUGGGACUCCUAAAGUAAAGAGUGGGGGGAAGAAGUCUGAACCUGCCACCCCUGUUGUCAAGGCUGUUCCAGAAGCUCCCAAGGGUGGGGAGUCAGAGGAAUUAGUGGGCAAGCCUUACUCUCAGGACGUGUCUCGGAGCCCACAGAGCCUCAGCGACACAGGCUAUUCCUCCGACGGCGUCUCCAGCUCCCAGAGUGAGAUCACAGGAGUUGUGCAGCAUGAGGUGGAACAGCUGGACAGUGCAGGGGUGACGGGGCCACACCCUCCCAGCCCCUCAGAGAUCCACAAGGUGGGGAGUAGCAUGCAGCCUUUGCUGGAGGCGCCAAUCCUGGCCCCCAGUGGUGAGCGGAGCAAGCCACCGUGCAGCAGCACUGGUGAGGAGCAGACGCGGCGGCCGCACUCCUUGUCCGUCACACCUGAGGCCUUUGACUCUGAGGAGGAGCUGGAGGAUAUCCUGGAGGAAGAGGAAGACUCUCUCAAUUGGGGGCGCCGGAAGGAGCAGCGGGACACAGCCGAGUCCUCAGAUGACUUUGGCAGCCAGCUGAGGCAUGACUAUGUGGAAGACAGCAGUGAGGGCGGCCUGUCCCCUCUUCCACCCCAGCCCCCAGCCCGGGCAGCAGAACUGACUGAUGAGGAGUUCAUGCGACGGCAGAUCCUAGAGAUGAGUGCUGAGGAAGACAACCUGGAGGAGGAUGACACUGCCACCUCCGGGCGUGGCCUGGCCAAACAUGGCACCCAGAAGGGUGGCCCUAGGCCCAGGCCUGAGCCUAGCCAAGAACCAGGAGCACUGCCCAAGAGGCGCCUGCCCCACAAUGCCACCACAGGCUACGAGGAGCUGCUCUCUGAGGAAGGUCCAGCAGAGGCCACUGGUGGCAGUGGGGCCCUGCAGGGAGGGCUCCGCCGCUUCAAGACCAUUGAGCUCAACAGCACGGGCAGCUAUGGCCAUGAGCUAGACCUGGGCCAAGGCCCUGACCCCAGCCUGGACCGGGAGCCCGAGCUGGAGAUGGAGAGCCUGACAGGCUCCCCUGAGGACCGCUCCCGUGGUGAGCACUCCUCUACACUGCCUGCCUCCACACCCAGCUACACGUCAGGCACCUCUCCCACCUCCCUGUCCUCCCUAGAGGAGGACAGUGACAGCAGCCCCAGCCGCCGGCAGCGGCUAGAAGAAGCGAAGCAGCAGCGCAAGGCCCGGCACCGCUCUCACGGGCCCCUGCUGCCCACCAUCGAGGACUCCUCAGAGGAGGAGGAGCUGCGGGAGGAAGAGGAGCUGCUGCGUGAGCAGGAGAAGAUGCGGGAGGUGGAGCAGCAGCGCAUCCGUAGCACCGCCCGCAAGACCCGGCGAGACAAGGAAGAACUGCGGGCUCAGAGGCGGCGCGAGCGCUCCAAAACGCCACCCAGUAACUUGUCGCCCAUUGAGGACGCCUCCCCUACGGAGGAGCUGAGGCAGGCAGCUGAGAUGGAGGAGCUACACCGCUCCUCCUGCUCUGAGUACUCGCCCACGCCCUCCCUUGACUCUGAGGCUGAGGCCCUGGAUAGUGGCCCUAGCCGGCUCUACAAGUCGGGCAGUGAGUACAACCUGCCCACCUUCAUGUCCCUCUAUUCACCGACUGAGACGCCUUCGGGCAGCUCCACCACUCCCAGUUCUGUUCGGCCCCUCAAGAGCGCCGAGGAGGCCUAUGAGGAGAUGAUGAGAAAAGCCGAGCUGCUCCAGCGGCAACAGGGCCAGGUCGCAGGGGCCCGGGGGCCCCCUGGUGGCCCCUCUCAGCCCACAGGCCCCCAGGGCCAGGGCUCCUUUGAAUACCAAGGUGCCCCAGACGCUGACUAUGGCCGGACUGCUCAGCCUGCGUCAGAGGGCACACCGGCCAGCCUGGAAGCAGCUGUGUACGAGGAGAUUCUUCAGACAUCACAGAGCAUAGUUCGCAUGCGGCAGGCCUCCUCACGGGACCUGGCUUUUGCUGAGGAAAAGAAGAAGGAGAAGCAGUUUCUGAAUGCUGAGAGUGCAUACAUGGACCCAAUGAAGCAAAAUGGUGGCCCACUCACCCCUGGUACCAGUCCCACCCAGCUUGCUGCCCCUGUGUCCUUCUCCACCUGCACCUCCUCAGACAGCAGUGGGGGCCGAGUUAUUCCUGAUGUCCGCGUCACUCAGCAUUUUGCAAAGGAUCCUCAGGAACCCCUCAAGCUGCACAGCUCUCCUGUCUCCCCCAGCCCGGCCUCCAAGGAGGUAGGCACAUCCUUCUCCCAUGGCCCUGGGACUCCAGCCACCACAGCUGUGGCUCCUGGUCCAGCUGGCCUGCCACGAGGGUAUAUGACUCCGACCUCCCCGGCAGGCUCUGAGCGGAGUCCUUCACCAUCUUCCACAGGCCACAGCUAUGGACAGACCCCAACCACUGCAAACUACGGGUCCCAAACUGAGGAGCUACCCAAGGCCCCCUGUGGCCCUGCUGCAGGUGGACGGGCUGCCAGAGAGAAGCCUCUGAGUGGGAGUGACAGCGAGGGUGCCACUCCCCAGCCUUCUCGGGCAUAUUCCUACUUUGCAGGCUCUAGCCCACCUCUCUCCCCAUCCUCCCCCUCAGAGAGUCCCACAUUCUCCCUUGGCAAGCUGGGCCCAAGGGCCACAGCAGAGUUCUCUACACAGACACCAAGCCCAACCCCUGCCUCAGACAUGCCACGAAGUCCUGGCGCCUCCACCCCAACACCCAUGGUAGCCCAGGGCACACAAACACCACACCGACCCAGCACGCCUCGCCUGGUGUGGCAGCAGUCCUCGCAGGAGCCUCCCUUUAUGGUCAUCACGCUAGCAUCAGAUGCCUCUAGCCAGACCAGGAUGGUACAUGCCAGUGCCUCCACCUCCCCGCUGUGCUCACCUACCGACACCCAGCCCACCACCCAUAGUUAUAGCCAGACCACACCUCCAAGUGUCUCUCAGCUGCCCCCAGAGCCACCUGGGCCAUCUGGCUUCCCACGAGUGCCCAGUGCAGGUGCAGAUGGGGCCCUGGCACUAUAUGGCUGGGGCGCCCUCCCUGCUGAGAACAUCUCCCUGUGCCGGAUCUCCUCUGUCCCUGGAACGUCUAGGGUUGAGCCAGGCCCCAGGCCCCCUGGCAGUGCAGUCGUAGACCUCCGCACAGCUGGUAAGCCCACGCCCAUCAUCCUCACUGACCAGGGCAUGGACUUGACCUCUCUUGCCGUGGAAGCGAGGAAGUAUGGACUGGCCUUGGAUCCAAUCCCAGGACGGCAGUCGACUGCUGUGCAGCCCUUGGUUAUCAACCUCAACGCCCAGGAGCAGACCCAUGCCUUCCUUAGCACCGCCACCACCGUGAGCAUCACCAUGGCCUCGUCUGUGCUCAUGGCUCAGCAAAAGCAGCCUGUGGUCUAUGGAGACCCCUUCCAGAGCCGCCUCGACUUUGGCCAGGGUGCGGGCAGCCCUGUGUGCCUGGCCCAGGUCAAGCAGGUAGAGCAGGCUGUCCAGACAACCCCAUACCGAGGAGGGCCCCGGGGAAGACCCAGGGAGGCCAAGUUUGCCAGGUAUAACCUGCCCAACCAGGUAGUACCUCUGGCCAGAAGGGAUGUUUUGAUCACUCAGAUGGGUACCACCCAGAGUGUUGGCCUCAAGCCAGGCCCAGUGCCAGAGCCUGCUGCUGAGGCCCACCGGGCCACCCCUGCAGAGCUGCGGUCACAUGCUCUGCCAGGUGCCAGGAAGCCACACACAGUGGUGGUGCAGAUGGGAGAGGGCACAGCAGGCACUGUGACCACAUUGCUCCCAGAGGAGCCGGUGGGUGCCCUGGACCUCACUGGGAUGAGGCCUGAGAGCCAGCUGGCAUGCUGUGACAUGGUCUACAAGUUCCCCUUUGGUAGUAGCUGCACUGGCACCUUCCACCCUGCCCAUAGCAUGCCUGAGAAGAGCAUGGCAGAUGCUGCCUCUCCUGGCCAAGUCAGUGGCCCCUUCUAUGGUCCCCGGGACCCUGAGCCUCCCGAGCCCCCCACCUACCGGGCACAGGGGGUAGUGGGGCCUGGGCCCCUUGAGGAGCAGAGGCCGUACCUACAGGGCCUCCCUGGAAGGCUGUACUCUUCCAUGUCUGACACCAAUUUGGCUGAGGCUGGCCUCAACUACCACGCCCACCGGAUUGGGCAGCUCUUCCAGGGCCCUGGACGAGACUCGGCUGUGGACCUCAGCUCACUGAAGCAUUCCUACAGUCUGGGCUUUGCAGACGGACACUACCUAGGGCAAGGCUUGCAAUAUGGCUCAUUCACGGACCUGCGUCAUCCUACAGAUCUUUUGACUCACCCGCUUCCCAUGCGGCGUUAUAGUUCAGUGUCGAACAUCUAUUCAGACCACAGGUAUGGUCAGCGGGGAGAUGCAGUUGGCUUCCAGGAGGCCAGCCUGGCCCAGUACAGUGCCACCACGGCCCGUGAAAUCAGCCGUAUGUGUGCUGCCCUCAACUCCAUGGACCAGUAUGGUGGGCGGCAUGGCAGUGGCGGUAGUGGUCCUGACCUUGUUCAAUACCAGCCUCAGCACAGGCCUGGGAUCAGUGCUCCUCAGGGUCUGGCUCCCCUCAGACCUGGACUCCUUGGUAAUCCCACUUUCCCAGAGGGCCACCCGAGUCCUGGGAACUUGGCCCAGUAUGGGCCUGCAGCAGGCCAGGGAACAGCAGUCAGACAGCUGCUGCCAUCCACAGCUACUGUGCGCGCAGCUGAUGGCAUGAUCUACUCAACUAUCAACACCCCAAUUGCCGCAACAUUACCCAUCACCACCCAGCCUGCCUCAGUAUUGCGGCCCAUGGUGCGUGGUGGCAUGUACAGGCCUUAUGCGUCUGGCGGAGUCACAGCUGUGCCACUUACCAGCCUGACACGUGUGCCCAUGAUUGCCCCCCGGGUACCUCUGGGGCCCACAGGGCCUUAUCGAUAUCACACACCAAGUAGAUUCCCCGUUGCUUCCAGUGUCCCACCUGCUGAGGGGCCUGUCUACCUGGGAAAACCUGCAGCUGCCAAGGCCCCAGGGGCUGGGGGCCCAUCAAGGCCAGAGCUGCCAGCAGGGGCUGCACGGGAAGAGUCUCUUUCCACAACCACCCCUGCUGCUGUCAAGGAGGCUGCAGGAGCCCCAGCCCCCUCCCCAUUAACUGCCCAGAAGCCACCAGGAGAUGCUGCUCCUGGGGGUGGCAGUGGGGCCCUCAGCCGGCCAGGGCUUGAGAAGGAGGAAGCAUCACAGGAGGAGAGACAGCGGAAGCAGCAGGAGCAGCUGCUACAGCUGGAGCGGGAGCGGGUGGAGUUGGAGAAGCUGCGACAGCUGCGGCUGCAAGAGGAGCUAGAGCGGGAGCGUGUGGAGCUGCAGAGGCACCGUGAGGAAGAGCAGCUGCUAGUGCAGCGGGAGUUGCAGGAGCUGCAGACCAUCAAGCAUCAUGUGCUGCAGCAGCAGCAAGAGGAACGCCAGGCUCAGUUUGCACUGCAGCGGGAGCAGCUAGCACAGCAGCGUCUGCAGCUGGAGCAGAUCCAGCAGCUACAGCAGCAGCUGCAGCAGCAGCUAGAGGAGCAGAAGCAGCGGCAGAAGCCCUUCCCUGCGGCUUGUGAGGCACCCAGCCGGGGGCCUCCCCCAGCAGCCACCGAGCUGGCCCAGAACGGCCAGUACUGGCCCCCGCUGACACAUACAGCCUUCAUUGCUGUGGCCGGGCCUGAGGGGCCUGGGCAGCCUCGUGAGCCUGUGCUGCACCGGGGUCUCCCCAGCUCUGCCUCAGACAUGUCGCUGCAAACUGAGGAGCAGUGGGAGGCAGUCCGCAGUGGCAUCAAGAAGCGGCACUCCAUGCCACGCCUGCGGGAUGCCUGUGAGCCAGAGUCGGGGCCUGAGCCCUGUGUGAUCAGGAGGAUUGCAGACAGCAGUGUGCAGACAGACGAUGAGGACGGGGAGAGCCGCUACUUCCUGAGCCGGCGGCGCCGGGCACGGCGGAGUGCUGACUGCAGCGUGCAGACGGACGAUGAGGACAGCGCCGAGUGGGAGCAGCCGGUGCGUCGCCGUAGAUCCCGUCUUUCCCGCCACUCCGACUCGGGCUCUGACAGCAAGCAUGAUGCCAUUGCCUCGUCAUCCACUGCCACCGCCACUGCGAGGGCCAUGAGCAGUGUGGGCAUCCAGACCAUCAGUGACUGCUCCGUGCAGACGGAGCCUGAUCAGCUGCCAAGGGUCUCUCCAGCCAUCCACAUCACAGCUGCCACUGACCCCAAGGUGGAGAUCGUCAGGUACAUAUCAGCACCAGAGAAGACUGGGCGUGGGGAGAGCCUGGCCUGUCAGACGGAGCCAGAUGGGCAGGCCCAGGGUGUGGUCGGGCCGCAGCUUGUAGGGCCAACUGCCAUCAGCCCCUACCUGCCUGGCAUCCAGAUCGUCACCCCAGGGCCGCUGGGCAGGUUUGAAAAAAAGAAGCCGGAUCCCCUGGAGAUCGGGUACCAGGCCCACCUGCCCCCGGAGUCUCUUUCACAGCUUGUGAGCCGCCAGCCUCCCAAGUCCCCCCAGGUCCUCUACUCACCAGUCUCGCCCCUGUCCCCACACCGGCUCCUGGACACCUCCUUUGCUUCCAGUGAGAGGCUGAACAAGGCUCACGUGAGUCCCCAGAAGCACUUCACGGCUGACAGCGCUCUUCGCCAGCAGACGCUGCCUCGCCCCAUGAAGACCCUGCAGCGGUCCUUGUCUGACCCUAAGCCCCUCAGCCCCACCGCCGAGGAGUCUGCCAAAGAGAGGUUCUCCCUCUACCAGCACCAGGGGGGACUGGGUAGCCAGGUGUCGGCGCUGCCACCCAACAGCCUGGUCCGCAAGGUGAAGCGGACACUACCCAGCCCCCCUCCAGAGGAGGCUCACCUUCCCCUGGCUGGCCAGGCCCCCCAACAGCUGUAUGCAGCCAGCCUGCUGCAGCGAGGGCUGGUGGGGCCCACCGCUGUCCCUGCUACAAAGGCCAGCCUGCUUCGGGAGCUGGACCGGGACCUGCGGCUGGUGGAGCAUGAGUCCACCAAGCUGCGCAAGAAGCAGGCAGAGCUGGACGAGGAGGAGAAGGAGAUUGAUGCCAAGCUCAAGUACCUGGAGCUUGGUAUCACACAGCGCAAAGAGUCUAUGGCCAAAGACCGGGGUGGCCGUGACUACCCACCCUUGCGAGGUCUUGGUGAGCAUCGUGACUAUCUGUCGGACAGUGAGCUCAACCAGCUGCGUCUGCAGGGCUGCACCACUCCCUCUGGCCAGUAUGUGGACUUCCCUGCCACUGCCGCGGCUGCUGUCACCCCCUCCGGCCCUGCUGUCUUCCAGCAGCCCCGGUUCCCACCUCCAGCCCCACAGUACACUGCAGGCAGUGGUGGGCCAACUCAGAAUGGAUUCCCAGCCCACCAACCACCCACCUACCCUGGCCCCAGCACAUACCCAGCACCUGCCUUUCCUCCUGGCACUAGCUACCCAGCUGAGCCUGGCCUGCCAAACCAGUCGGCUUUCCAUCCCACAGGCCACUAUGCAGCCCAAACACCCAUGCCAACCACACAGAGCACCCUUUUUCCGGUCCCAGCUGACAGCCGUGCCCCCCAUCAGAAGCCACGCCAGACAUCUCUAGCUGACUUGGAGCAGAAGGUGCCCACCAACUAUGAGGUGAUCACCAGCCCCGUUGUGGCCAUGUCUUCAGCCCCCUCUGAAACCAGCUACAGUGGCCCAGCAGUGAGCAGCAGCUAUGAACAGGGAAAGGCCCCUGAGCUGCCCCGGGCCAGUGACCGUAGCAGUGUGAGCCAGAGCCCAGCCCCCACCUACCCCUCUGACUCACACUACACUAGUCUGGAGCAGAAUGUUCCUCGGAACUAUGUGAUGAUCGACGACAUCAGUGAGCUGACCAAGGACAGCACCUCUACUGUCCCUGAUAGCCAGCGGCUAGAGCCCUUGGGGCCAGGCAGCAGUGGGCGUCCAGGGAAGGAGCCCGGAGAACCAGGUGUCCUUGAGGGAUCCACACUGCCCUGCUGCUAUGGCAGAGGGGAGGAGGAAUCUGAGGAGGACUCAUAUGACCCCCGUGGGAAGGUUGGCCACCACCGGAGCAUGGAGAGCAAUGGCCGACCAGCUAGUGCCCACUACUACAGUGACAGCGACUAUAGACAUGGGGCUCGAGCAGAGAAGUACGGUCUAGGGCCCGUGGGACCCAAGCAUCCCUCCAAGAGCCUGGCCCCAGCUGCCAUCUCCUCAAAACGCAGCAAGCACCGGAAGCAGGGCAUGGAGCAAAAGAUCUCUAAGUUCUCGCCUAUUGAAGAGGCCAAGGACGUGGAAUCAGACCUGGCCUCCUACCCCCCACCUGCAGUCAGCAGCAGCCUGGCCUCUCGGGGCAGGAAGUUCCAGGAUGAAAUCACCUAUGGGCUCAAGAAGAACGUGUACGAACAGCAGAGGUACUACGGGGUAUCCACCCGGGACACGGUAGAGGAGGACGACCGCAUGUAUGGUGGGAGCAGCCGGUCCCGGGUGUCAUCUGUAUACAGCGGAGAGAAGCUGCCUAGCCAUGAUUUCAGUGGCCGAGGCAAGGGGUACGAACGGGAACGGGAAGCUGUGGAGCGACUUCAAAAAGUGGGCCCCAAGCCCUCAUCCCUGAGCAUGGCCCAUAGCCGGGCACGGCCCCCCAUGCGGAGCCAGGCCUCUGAAGAGGAGAGCCCCGUCAGCCCCUUGGGGCGGCCACGCCCUGCUGGGGGUCCCCUCCCUCCUGGGGAUACCUGCCCGCAGUUCUGCUCCAGCCACUCCAUGCCUGACGUCCAGGAGCAUGUCAAGGACGGACCUCGGGCCCACGCAUAUAAGCGUGAGGAGUACAUCCUGGAUGAUUCACACUGCGUGGUUUCCGACAGUGAAGCGUAUCACCUAGGCCAGGAGGAGACGGACUGGUUUGAUAAGCCCCGGGAUGCCCGCUCCGACCGGUUCAGGCACCACGGGGGCCAUGCAGUUUCCUCUUCCUCCCAAAAGCGAGGCCCUGCCAGGCACAGCUACCACGACUACGAUGAACCCCCUGAGGAGGGCCUGUGGCCUCAUGAUGAGGGUGGCCCAGGCCGCCAUGCCUCAGCCAAGGAACACCGGCAUCACAGUGACCACGGGCGGCACUCAAGCCGCCACACUGGCGAGGAGCCGGGACGGCGUGCUGCCAAACCACAUGUUCGGGACGUGGGUCGCCAUGAUGCCCGGCCCCACCCUCAGCCCAGCCCUGCCCCAGCCAUGCCGAAGAAGGGUCAGCCUGGGUACCCUAGCUCUGCCGAAUACUCACAGCCAUCCCGUGUUUCAUCAGCAUACCAUCAUGCCUCUGACAGCAAGAAGGGCUCCCGGCAGGUCCACUCCGGGCCCGCUGCACUGCAGCCAAAGCCAGAACCCCAGGCGCAGCCGCAGCUGCAAGGUCGGCAGGCAGCUCCAGGGCCACAGCAGCCACAGCCACCAUCAUCCAGGCAGAUGCCCUCAGGGGCAGCGUCGCGCCAGCCACAGACACAGCAGCAGCAACAGCAGCAGCAGCAGCAGCAAGGUCUUGGGCUCCAGCCUCCCCAGCAGGCCCUGUCACAGGCUCGGCUGCAGCAGCAGAGCCAGCCUACCACCCGGGGCCCAGCCCCUUCUGCCAGCCAGCAGCCGGUAGGGAAGCCUCAGCCAGGCCCCACAACAGCUGCAGGCCCUCAGCCAGCAGGACCGCCACGGGCAGAGCAGACAAACGGCUCUAAAGGGACGGCCAAAGCACCCCAACAGGGGAGGGCUCCUCAGGCACAGCCAACACCAGGACCAGGACCUGCAGGCAUGAAGACUGGAGCCAGGCCUGGAGGGCCUGCAGGGGCUCCUGCUGGCCAGCCAGGUGCUGAUGGGGAGAGUGUGUUCUCCAAGAUCCUCCCCGGUGGGGCAGCAGAGCAAGCCGGCAAGCUGACGGAAGCUGUCUCUGCUUUUGGCAAAAAAUUUUCUUCAUUCUGGUGAUCAUGCCCAGCAGG